AUGGGGAUAUUCUUGGGCGUCUCGGAGUGGUGCCAAGGCGCAUUUCGCAGUGGACGGAGCGGCGCCGUGCCCAACGAGGUGACUGCGCCACUGCCACUCGCCAUUUCAACGCCGCCGGACAUGGCCACGCGACGCUUGGGCGCUGCCAGCGAAUCACUGGUCGAGGCGACCAGGCGGCGCAGUCAACAGCGCCGUGUCAUCACCCCCGCUGGUAAGCAGCGUUUGCGCCAAUGCGUUAGCGACGCGUACAGCCAGCGGGGUGGUUCAAGUGGGCACGUCAACCGGUACGCCGUGUUCGACGUUACCGGUGCAUUCACCUCCGGUAUGCGGCAUUCACUUUGCGCUUUCGCGACCGGCCCGCUACUAUCCUCGGAGGAGUUGGUCUGUGGGGUCAAGAGGUGGCAGGUGGCACGGGGUCUGGCGGAGUGGGAAUGUGGCGAGAACCCCCAAGUCAUUGGGAGCGGGUUGGGGAGGGGUGAGCGGAAUGAGGUUCGGGAGAGAGGGGUGGUAGGCUUGGUCGAACGGUUUGUUGGUGUUCUUCCGCAACUGCCCCGGCAUUGCAACAUUCACCACCCAACGCCUUCGCUAAGGCUUGACAGGAGGCAAGCAUCAUCAGGCUGCCACAGGAAGCGUCGUUAUGACGGCAAGAAGUGA